AUGAUAUCUAUAAAUGAUGAUCAACCUUCUUUGCACUGUUCAAUCAACAGUGUCGAAUCGGUAGAAUUCUGGGUUGGCAAUGCAAAAUCAUUUGUAAAAUGUUAUCUACAACCACUUCAGUACAAGGUCAUUGGCAUUUUUCAAUCACCGUCGUCAACACGAACACAAUAUGUUGCAGUCAACAAGAGAACAUUAGAGGCAUUGGCAGAACAACAACAAUCAAAUGGAAAAACAGCGGUUGAGGGAGGUGAGUUGCCAACUCUACCAUACCAAUCGAUCCUCGUAACAACAUCGGUGAGACCUGGCUCAGACCAAUCUUUCUAUUCAAUGUUACAAUCACAUAGUGGUGACUUUGUCAAAAGUGUCACUUUUAAUUGUCACAAUGUCAAAGCUGUACAUGAUAAUGCAGUCUCUCAUGGAGCCAUUUCUAUCCAAUCCCCAUCCUCGAGUAAUACUACUUUUGGAAAGGAAAUUAAAACAACCACUUCAACCAUUCAAUCUCCAUUCAAAGAUAUUACUCAUUCCUUUGUUUCUAGAUCACUUGUAAAUAAUAAUAAUAAUAAUAAUAAUAAUAACAAAAAUAAUAAUAAUAUUGUACAACUAUCAACAUAUGAAUCAAUUUUAAAAUAUUAUUAUCCACAAUUCCGACCAAUUACCAAAGAAUUAUUUAAAGAGGAUUUUAAUGAUUUGGAAUUAAAUCCAGCCGGUCAAUAUAUACAUUCAAUAGAUCAUAUUGCAACAUGUAUAGUUCAUGGUACAAUGGAUGAAUAUGUAAAAUGGUAUCAAGAUUGUUUAAAAUUCAACCUACUCUCGGUGCAAGAGGGAGCUCGAGAAGAGAUCCCUGUGAUUGUAGAGAAAAAAGAGGAACUUAAUUUUUUCAACAUAAAGGUCGACGAGGACAUUGGAUUAAAAAUGGUCGUCCUAUCCAAUCAACCUGCUCAUUCAAAAUCUCAUCUUCCUACCAUCAUGUGGGUAAUGUCUGAAGGUUUUGAAAAUGGUAAAGGUCAAGUUGAACAAUAUUUAGAUUUUAAUGGUGGAUCUGGGAUACAACAUUUAGCAUUUAAUACAAGUGAUAUUUACAAGGCUGUUAAUUAUGCCAGAUCGAAAUAUGGACAGAUGGAAUUUAUUGAAGCGCCAGACACGUAUUACGACAAUUUAAAAAAUAGAAAAGAAUUGGAUUUCAUCCUAUCGACACUAAGUCAAUGUGAAAUUGAUAAUCUCAAAACUUUUAGAAUACUCAUAGAUUCUGACUACUCUAUUGAAUCUAUAGAUAAAUUCAUUUUACAAAUUUUUACAAAGCCUAUUGGUGAUAGUCCAACAUUAUUUUUUGAAUUGGUACAGAGAUGUGGAGCCAUUGGAUUUGGUAAAGGAAAUAUUAAAGCAUUAUUCGAAGCGGUAGAAAUGCAAAGGAAAAAAGAUCAAUUUUAA